AUGGCUCUGUGCGCACGUAGCACGCUCUUAGCCUUCUUUGUCGCUUUCUGCACACCUGGACGCGGAUGGGCAGCGGAGAAGCCCCUGCGGACUCAUAAUGGGAAACCGACUUCCAUGGCGAGGAGCCUAAGAGAAAGCUGGGAGCCUUCUAUCCAUCUCGAUGGAAAACCAGUGGAGCGCUUCGCAGCCAGUUCCAACAAGCCAUUGAGGAAUCAUCGCUACACCAGACUGGGCAAGGAGAGCCGCUCAGCCCUAGUGGAGGAUGUAGAUCCCGAAUGGGUAAAACUUGAUGGCUUUGCUGUACUGAGUGGCACGCCUGUGAGCAACACAUCAACAGGACCAGUCAGGUCAGCAUAUCCUGCUGCAAGAAAUCAAACCACAUUGAGGCGUGCUGCCCGGGUGAACAGAACAGCUAACCGUUCAAGUGCCUCUAGCCCGCGGACAUACAGGAGGAGGGCCCCUCAGUCCUCCACUGGUCCCCGGCAGCCAGAGAGAGGCUUCUUCACAAGAACAACUUCCCUGGAGAGGAGACACCAACACAAGCCUCAGUCUGACCAGAGGAACCGUUACGCACACAAAUUAACAUCUGAGUCCGUUCAUGUGGUGUCACUGCAGGCACAGAAACCCCAGGAUCAGAGCGUUCCUGGUAACCGUGCGGCAACCAAAAUGACCACACCAGAACCGCCUGAGUAUGAGGCCAAGGACAUCAGUGUCAGGGUCAUGUCUCCUAAGUCGGUCCUUAUCACCUGGGUCGACCCUGCUGUGGAAAUGGGGAAGGUUGAGCCUGAUGAAUUUAGAUCCUACACAGUAAGGUACAGGGAGAAGGGUGAGUCAGCACGCUGGGAGUACAAAGAGAGCUCCCAGAGGAGAAUGAUGGUAGACACACUAUAUGCUGAUAGCAUGUAUGAGUUCGCCGUCAGAAUCUCUCAAGGGGAAAAUGUUGGCAAGUGGAGCGUGUCUGUCUUUCAGAGGACCCCUGAGUCAGCACCAUCUGGGCCACCAGAGAACUUUGAAGUCGAACCACUACGGGGGAAAGGAACGGCUGUGAAAGCCACUUGGGAUCCCCCUGAAGAAACCAAUGGGAGGAUAAGAGAGUACAUCCUGUCUUAUGCUCCUGCACUCAAACCAUUUGGAAUGAAAAGCGUUACAUACCGGGGCAGCACAACCUCCGCCACUAUUGAAGGUUUAACACCUGGAGAACGGUACAUCUUCAAGAUCAAAGCCACAAACAGGCGGGGACAUGGACCUCUAAGCAAGGCCUUCAGUGUUGUCAUGCCAGGAUCCAGGACUGCUGUUUCACCGUUUUCAAGAACCAAGGACAGCCAGAGAACUACCUACCAGCCUUCCAAAUAUGAUACUACCAAUGACAAAUCAGAGCUCGAGUCAACAGAGGCACCAGAAGAACCGACUAGAUCCACUCAGCCACGCCACCCCGAACCUGUGAGCAGAAGGGUGCGCCCACUUUCUCAGACGCGCUCUUAUCACAGCAUCUUCUCCUCAGUAAGAGGUUCAGUCAGGAAUGGAGCAAAUCGAGGCAGAGCCUCAACUAAGGAAGAUGAGGAAGGAGAUGAGGAUGACGAAGAUGAGAGAAUACCAACAACCUCCUCUCCAGAGGAAGAUGCAACAACCAUGGAGCCUGAACCUGAGACAAAAGAACCAUAUAAUGAGGUUUCCCCUGAAUCUGAGAAUGAUGAUUAUAGUGAGGUGGAUGAGCCUCCAACCCCUGAAACCCCCAGCCUCAAAGCUUUUACACUCUCUCCAAAUAAAGACACAUCUUUUUAUCCACAGCAAAGAAAGCCCAUAAAGCCAGUGGUCCACCAAACCACAGCGUCGCAUAAUACAGAAUCAGAGGAUAGAAGAAAGGAUACAGCCUCUACGGACAUACAGAGCAAAAAUAUUUCCAAUAAACCCAGUAUUGUAUACAACAAACCUACCAUUCCUGUCACAAAGGAAACCAACCCACAGCCUGAGACAGAGAUCACACCUGUGGGUAAAGGUUCUGGGCGCACCAAUGGAUCUGGCUUUAGUGCAAGAUACGGAUCUGGCCGAAGGAACUUAGGAGUUCCUUUCAGGGGAAAUUACACAAGAGCUCAGAAUGGUCACAGACCGGGUCUAACCUCACAGUCACGUUUUCCAAGCAGAACUCAGAGUCAGGCCACAUCGCAGUCCACCCUACCAGACCAGUCAGUUGGAAGGAACAAUGGCAAAACAAUAUCUGUACCAACUCCUUCUGAGAAAUCUGAAAUCAUUCCAUCCUCCACAUCGAACACAGCUGUAACUUUAGAUACAAACACCAGAGAAUCACAAAGCUCUUCACUUAACACAGAAAAGUCAAAUAUAUCACCAGAUCAUUUAAAAAAGACAGAGGCAACCAAAGUUGAAGAACCUACUUCAAACUACAAAGACGAUCCCACAGAAGAACAGACAAAGAAAAAGGAUGCGAGUCCUUCAGAUAAAACAACUUAUUCUCGUAGUAGAAUUAAUCCCUCCCUUCUUGAAAGAUUCAAGUUGACAAGCAGGUCUGGUCCGGGGACUCGUCUGUCAUUUUCCAGACAGGGGGGCAGGACGCCAUGGAGCAGGGUAUCAUCUUCGAUAGGGGCUGGCAGACCCCCGAUGCGGGGUAUACCCACGAGAAACUCAGGGACCACAGGUUCUGUUGCAGUGACCUCACUACAGGAGACUAGUGAAGGUCCAACUGAUACUUCUUCUCGUGACUCAUUAAAAAAUGAUGAGAUGGAUGUGGGCUCUAUCAAACCGUCACUGACUGAUAAAACGUCAGACUACAGUAACUCAAGACAUCCAACCCCAUCAUCUCCCGCAAACCCUUCAAAUUCAGAUACUCGUCACUCUACAAAUGCAGAACCAACUUCUGACGACAAUAACAAAAACAAUUACGAUAACAAGAAUUACCUUGAUAAGAGUAACCGAGAAGAUGGCGGGAUCAAUAAAAAUAUUGCAGAAACUACAGUGGACCAAAAGAAUCCAGCCAUAACAUCAAUAGAUCCCAACAGAAACACAGAUGACAAUGAGAGUGUUGCAACAAGAGACACCCCUUCAAGAACUAGCUCAUCCUCUGGGGUCGCUCCACCUUACCGCCGUCCUAAUAUCGGCAUGAAUGGGAGGAUACGAUCUCCUCAUCUUGGAACCAGGUUUCCCAUCAGAUCACAAUCGUCACCAAAUUUACUCAGACCUGCGCUAACGUCAGAUCGCAAUGCUAGUAGAUUUUCAACAGCAAGGACUGGGGGGCUUAGAGAGGGUAGAACGCACUCUAUAUCUUUGUCACCAUCUUCAUCUAGAGACAUCUUUAGAGGCCACGGGAGCAGAAGUCGCUACCCUAACCUCAGAGGAAAAGCAACCAACGGAGGAACUCUUAUACCUGCCAAUGGAAAUGGUCAAAAUGGACAACCAAAUCUGACAGACAAUGAUGGAGGAAUGAGCAGGGCUGUUGGUCAAAGACUUAUUACUGGACCUGACGGGAACAAAUGGUUGGUAGAUCUAGAGUUGGGGAUUCUUAUGAACCAGGAUGGAAAAGUCCUACAGGAUUCCCAUGGCCAACCAAAGAGAGUAGUGCUUGGAGAAGAUGGACGCACUAUUUUCGACCAUCUAGGAAGCCCAUUGCUUAACCAGGAAGGCAUGGCUUUAUUUGGGCAUAACCGAGAUAGUCGUCCAGUGAUCAAUCCCAAAGAGAAAGUCCUCAUGGUCGGAGGAAAACCUCUGCUUGGCUUGGACUUGCCUCACCUCCGCACCACCACGACCACCACCACUAGAGCGCCUACCACUACCCCAGAACCCACCACCAUAGAAUGGACUACUGAAGAGUACACCACUGAAGAACCAUACCCUACAUGUCCACCAGGAACCUAUUCCAAAACAGAUGAAUAUGGCGAUCCAGUGUAUGACUCAGAUGGAAUAUUAGACUGUUACUCAGAAGAUGAGACUACGUUGCCACCACCCACGACAACAUCACCCCCAACAACCACAAUGACCACCACCACGACCACCAUGACCACCACAACAACGGUGAUUCCAACGCUAGACACCAGACCUUCUGGCCGAGGUCCUUUAUCGGAGUUUGAUGACAGUGGGAAGAGGCGAUUCACAGCUCCGUAUGUGAACUACAUCCAAAAGGACCCUGGAGCGCCCUGCUCCCUGACCGAGGCUCUGGAGUACGUCCAGGUUGACAUCCUCGAAGAUUUGCUGAAGAACGACAGUCGCGCCAGCAAUCAGAAGCUGCCUCCCAAAAAUAAACCCCAUAAUCUCACCGUGGUCGCCAUGGAAGGAUGCCACUCUUUCAUCAUCCUGGACUGGGGCCGUCCCCUGAAGGAUGAUAUGGUGUCAGGGUAUAUGGUUCAUAGUGCUUCAUAUGACGACGUGCUCAACAAUAGAUGGUCUUCUAAGUUAUCCAGUGGGACUCACCUGGCUGUGGAGAAUCUCAAACCCAACGCCAGGUACUACUUCAAAGUCCAGGCUAAGAAUGUGUUUGGCUUGGGACCGGUCAGCAACACGCUCACCUAUGUCACCGAAUCAGAUGAUCCCCUUCUCAUUGAAAGACCGCCUGGCGGGGAGCCAAUAUGGAUCCCCUUCUCCUUCCGAUACAACUCAGCCCACAGCUCCUGUAAAGGCAGUCAAUACGUCAAACGGACGUGGUACAGGAAGUUUGUGGGCGUGGUUCUGUGCAACUCUUUACGAUACAAGAUCUUCAUGGGAGACGGUCUCAGAGAGCCCUUUUAUAGUAUAGGAGACACAGUGGGACAAGGAGAAGAUCAUUGCCAGUUUGUGGACUCGCACAGGGACGGCAGAACUGGCCCCGCGUAUCUCUCUAUUACGCUGCCUUCAGCUCAAGGAUAUUAUCGUGCAUACAGACAACAGCCUGUCACAUUUGGAGUAAUUGGCAGACGAACGUCCCAUCCAUUCGUUGGAUGGUAUGAAUGCGGGGUUCCCAUCCCUGGCAAGUGGUAA